AAAAAAAUAUAACCUCAUGAACUUGUCCAACCUUUCUUAGAGAAAUCCAUGGCCUGGAAUUUUGCCCCUUCCUCCUCUCUCCCAACGGCUCCUCCUAGGAUUCAGGGUUCAGAGAGGUUUCCAAUAAAGAAGCUCACUGUCUUCGUGAAGCCCACAAGCUCAGAGAAGAGUGUAUCUCCCUGCAAAGUAGCACAAUCAGAAGGUGUUACAGAAGAACACGGUCUAUCAGGGUCUUCUGCCCGCACUCAGUUGGAUCUCUUGGAACAACUGACUUCUUCUUCCACCUUCCCUGGCAGCGGAUAUGAGAGUGAUGGUGACGCUCACAAGCCCACAAUUCGUGAACAACUUUCUGAACUGGUAGGGGACAGAGAAGGUGAUUUCAGCCUUCCAUUAGGUAAAAAGCUGAAAGCAAGUCGGAAUUCCUUAACCAUUUCACAGAGAAGAAACAUCAAGCGACAGACCUAUCUGAAUGAAGUUGCUCGCAGAAAUGAUUCCAUUUUCUUUGCAACAAUUGGAGCAUUCGUGAUUCUCCCACCAGUAGCCAUAUUAUCUAUUGCUAUAUUGACUGGUUAUGUCCAGCUUUUUCCAUGAAGUAAAAGUGCAUGUUUUUGCUAUCAUUUUCUGUUGAUCA